AUUUAUGGAGAAAGUUCUUCCUGUGCUGGGAGGGCUCUCAGGAAUAUUUUUACUCUGCAAGCAUCUGACCUGAUUAAAGACAGGGUGUACCUUACUGGCAUUUGCAGGAGAAGCUGUGUUGGAUCAGAGCUGGUAGACUGGCUUCUGGAGCAGUGCCCUUUCGUUAAGUGCAGAUCUACAGCGGUUGGAGUGUGGCAGCUCCUCCUGGAUAUGGGCAUUAUAUUAUCAGUGGACAGACAACUCUAUUUUCAAGACACUCAUGCCUUCUACCAGUUCUCAGCGGAUGAAUGCACCUACCUUUUCUGUGAAUUUGAGAAAGAGGAGGGAUGGAAGAAUGGAGUAAAGCUCCUACUUCAACUACUGCCCUUGUCUCCUCCCAGGAUUGACAUGUGUAAUCU